AAUAUGUAAAUAAGUAAUUGAAAUUAUAGCCCACUUCCAAAAUAAAUUGGGGGCAGCCUUGAUUUAAACAAACCCUUAUCUUUACCACCUUACAUAUAUCCCAGUGUUUUGUUUCUUACAUAAUACUAUACUAUAUUAAAAUAAUUAUAAAUGUAUCCCUAAACAGUCACCAGUCUAUAGUUCCACUAAAUAUGUGGUCCUGAUAACAAUUAAAAUAUUAACCAUUUGAAAGAACGUUCAAUAGGAAUAUCGAUGGCGGGGAUUGUGAAUCUAAGUUACUUUCAUUCCAUAUGGAAUAUUGUAAAAGCUGAUCACAUAAUCAUAUAGAUUUUGUAACUAAAUAGUAAACUAAUUUUCUGGGUCAACAUAUUACAUAAUAUUAUAUGUAAGUAUAUAACAUUAUAAGAAGAUAGAAAUAACAAUACAAUUAAACAAUGAUAUACUAUCAGAAGUAAAAAAUUAAGUUAAAAAUCAUAAUUAAUUGGUAAGUAGCAUACAUAACAUUCAACAGAUUUCGGUCAAUUGUAUACAAGACGAGGAUCACAAAACGUAUGAAAGAAUACAUUUCAGAAAUAUACAUUCCUUCCACGGCUUUCAGUUAGGUUUUUAAUAUAUUCUUUUAUUUGUUAAAUUAUUUUUUAGUUAUCAAAACAUAAUAGCUACCUAAGGUAAGAUAAUUAUUUGGUUUAGAAAACAUGUCAAAGUUAUAUUCAAGUACAUCGAAGCGAUUUGAUGUAUAUACUUUUUUGACAUUCAUAGUCCAGUAUCUUACAGGAAAUACGAAAUACGUUCAUUUUAACUCACCUGACAUUGUAUUUAGUUUUUACAAAAGCGUAUACUCAUAUUAUGUAAUAGGUACCUAAAUAUACCCAAUAUUGUCAUACUCUUUGUGCAUGUGACAAUAGUGUCAUAUUUAGGUUAGGUUACCAUCACCUCGUAUAGUGCAAGCGGAAGUCACCAAUACACCGGAAUACUAACUGACGUAUAUAGUAUUUUAUAUGGGCCAUAGGGGAUGACGAUGAUAAUGUUUACAAUCAAUUUUUCGUUUUUUUUUUUAAAUUUGCGUUUCUCGCGGACUGUCCCACUUGACACGUCGCGGUCGUGCGUGGUGACGCGUACAGACCCUAGGUAUGUAUAUGUAGUAUUAUAUACAAAUAUCACUAGAACUUGUUUUUCCAUCGAAAAUCGUUAUUUUCCUACUUUAUUUUUAAUACCUAUUAUAUGCGACUGCCGAAACCUAAGCCCACACAGAUGACGUUAUCCCCCUAGUUUAAUAUAGUGCAUGGUAUGGUACACCUACACGCGCUGCACGGUGCAAUGUAUCGUUAUCGUAACACUUAAUAAUAAUAAUAAUAAUAUUUUCGUGGCCAUCAUCCCCGGUGGUGGUCGUACGACAACGUGACCGCCACCAGGCCGGCUGCAGGGUGACAGCGGUAGUGGCAGUGGUAACGGUGGUGGUAGUGGCAGUGGCUGUUGUUGUAGUAGUGAUGGGAAAUACCCCCACGGUGUGUUCUGGACCGUAUACAGUGGCAGUGGCGGCGACAGGACAACUAUAGCGAACGCCGGGCGGCGACAGAGCAGUAUGUCAUCGUUCGUUGACGUCACCGCGUGUGUCCGUCCGCGCUCUCCGCGGCGGCGGCGUCGUCGUCCGCGGAGGGGAGCGCGCGAAAUUCGCCGCGCGCGUGUCUGUGUGCGUAUACGUUUGCGUGUGUGUGCGUGCGCGCGUCCUGAAUGAAUGAACCCCCGGUCGCCUUGGGCCGGUCCUCCCGCCCGUUCAACAGGUCGCCAUUGGUCAACCGGUGGCCGGGUGGAAAACCCACGGUCGCGCGGGUGGGGGCCCGGCGGGCCGCCCUUACGUUAGCCGCCGCCGCCGCCGCUUCUGCUGCUGUUGCCGCCGCUCGGUCCACCGUCGAGACUUAAAUGUCCACCGGAGUCAGGUGGCCAUCUCAGUUGAUCGUUUUCGGUCGACGGUGGUCAUCCGUAUAAAUAUAUAAUAAUAUAUUGUAAUCAUCGUCGUCGUCGUCGUCGUCCCGUAUAAUACUGCACGCGAGUUUUCACACCAUUUGUUUAAUAUUAUUAUUAUUAUUUUUUAAUUUGAGUCGUAUCGUAGCUCAAAUAUAAUACGUAUAUACAUACAACAGACUUUACAGUUCGUCCGAUAUAACACACAUUCAUUUAUUAUUAUUGUUUUCCGAUCGUUUUUUAUUAUUAUUUUUGUUUGACGUUCGUAUCGACAUCGCAAUCGCCGGCACAAUAUAACAACGACUCUCUCGGUACGCUUGUGACAUAAUAUACGUAUAUUAAUAUUAUUAUAUUAACCGUAAUCAGUACGAUUGGACGUGCCUAAUAUUCUCGACGGAAUACGUUUUUUUCACCGUUUUUAAUUUUUUACACUUCUACUCGACCUCCGACGGCCUUAUGGAGUCUUACGAAGGCGCCGGGUGCGUCGAUUGUUACCGAGAACACUGCAGGCAGCGAACGCCUUCGGUGCCGGUCACGACAACCGCGUCAGACCGCCGGACGCCGUCGCCACAGAUGAACCGCUGCCAAACUGCCCCUAGGAGAUUCGAUUUCACCCGCCGUUCGUGUCGACUUUUUAUCGCCGGUUCGUUCGUCAUCGGACUGAUCUUGGUGCCCUGCGCUAUGUCCGCACCCGCCAAACCGUCAAAGUCUCAGUCGCCGACGCCGCCGCACUCGAUCGUCGCAACCGGCACGCCGUUCUGGCACAACCCGUGCGGCACGCUGUUGACUUAUGACGGCAGUGGCGGCGGCGCCACUGGCGCCAUGAUGAGCAGCGCCGUCAGCCACGACAUUAUGAUGGAAUCGGAACCGGAAUCGGAGUCGGUGAUGCGGCGCGAAGAGGACAUCAUUCACGGCAUUGUCGUGGCCGCCGGUCAGGCCCUGACGCACGCCGAACAGUUCACCGGUGCUUUCGUGGUCGAAACGUUUCACGUUGACGUCAAGAAAAAUCACGACCACUGGAAAGGCAUCAAACUCGACUGGCUCGAACUGGCCAAGUACAUGCCUAAAGCGCUGGACGUGCCGCUCAGCAAGUCCUAUCUGGCCAGUCUGACGUUCAGGGACGUACUGCACGCCGUGUACAUCGGUAUGCAAAACUUGGCCGUGGGUCUGGAACAAGUGGCGUGGGACCAGGACCGGGAGAUGCUCCCGUACGCCAAGUACUUCAACGAGACCACUUUGAAACUGAGAACUAUCCUGUGUGAGGUUUCGAUGGCAAUUUACGAAAUCAACGAUACGCCGGAACCGCACGUGUCCAGGGACAUCAUGCCGAUAGAGUCGAGGAUUUCACGAGACAAUCAGUCGCUCAGGGACUGGCUGAUACUGCGUGAGUACAUGACCAGCCUCCAGUACGUGAUCGAGGCUUUUGGGUACCUGAAAACGAAAAGAUAAUAAACGCGACCUGAUCGUCGCCGCCACCGCCGCCACCGUCUCCGACCCCAUAAUCCACCAUCACCGCUGAUACAUAUUAUUAUUAUUAUUAUUAUUAACUAUUAUUGUGAUACAUAUUCGUCGUCGCCACUCGUUCUCUUUUCCGCACACGUCACUUAUUAUUAUAACAUAAUUAUAUAGGUUUAUUAUUAUUAUCAUUAUUAUUAUAACUUUACAUACGACAGUACGGAUACGGACGCCACGCGUUCACGUUUAGUUAAUUACGUAUAUAAUUAUAAUAUUUAUAUUGUGCUUAAAUGUUUUAUAUUAUCGAACGUAAAUCAAUUACACACCCCUCUCUCUACCUCCAGACCCUCCGACUAAUCCACCGCUACCGUUCCCACCUCCCCGCAAUCACCUUUUCCCAAUUGUUUCUCGUAUAUUAUGCAUUACGUAUAAUAGUUUUAAGUCAUUAUUUGUUUUAUUAUUAUGAUUUAUUCGAUUUGUUUUCAAACGACUCGCGCACUAGCGAACAAAUGUAUUAUUAUAUUACCUACCGCGUACUUAUGUUAUCAUACUAUUAUAAUG